AUGUUGCAUCACAGCCUUAGCCCUGCACUUUCUCUCUUUAACCUCGACUGUGCAUUGCGUCCACAUCACCCUUUCACCGUUUUGCAGAUGUAUGUACCGCAUAGGUGGUUAGAUUCUCUUCUAUUCACUCGCUAUUAUAGACAUGGGGUGCGCACUAUUUGUACCCCGGAUUCUGGUGAUGGCUAA